UUCCCAAGUUCGUUGCGAACUUGACAAUACGGGUCCAUACACACUGGACGCGAUUCGACAACGCGACGCGAUUUUUCGAUUUUCACUGACCGAUAACUUUGAUCCUAGUUUAAAUUUUCCAAAUAUUUAGAAGCGCUAUAACAUUUUGAGUUAUUUGGUCUACAUAUCUUUCAAAAUUUGCUCUCAUUGGCUGUUUUAUUAACUUUCAAAAACUGAAAAAUCGCGUCGCGUUAUCGAAUCGCGUCCGGUGUGUCUGGACGUUUCCAAGUUCGAAAAUUGGGCGCGAACUUCGCAACAAAAUUCGCAAGUUCAUUUCAGUGUUUGAACUUUGUUUUUUAUUAAUAAUUUUUUCAUCACUGUACAGAGCAAUGCACCGUACAUGUUUAUUUUUUGUUAUUCAAUUAUUCAGUUCACUUUAGGAGUCUCAAGGAUGAUUUCGUGAAAAUCAGAACAUUAGCGCGGACCCUGCAUGAACGGGCUCUCAGAAACAUUACAUUAAGGAAUAGUGGAUCUUCAGACGGAAUAGUAAAUAUAAAAAUCUACUAUUCCGGCUGUAUAGUCAAAAAAUUUAAAUUUCGACCCCUGCGGGGGGUCCAUAUCUACUAGUAAAUUUGGACCGGGUGACACCGGCACCUUGAAACUGUACAAACUAAAAUAUCACACCUAAAUUAUGGCUUUAGUUCAAACAGCGUGCUUUUCAUGUGAUAAACCUUAUCAUACAUGACCUAUAAAACUCACUGUUUGAAGUUAUUUGGUUCGGUACAUAAAAAGUUUGGUGUCGUUUAAACUAGGCCUUAAAAAUAACAGAAAGAUUAAUUAGCAUGACAAUCUCUAUAAUGUAGCUGUAACAACAAAUAUUUUUAUAACGUACGUAUAGCAGGGGACGGUUGUAUAAAACUCUUAAUCACUUUUUAAUCACUAUUUUGUAGUUAAAUAGUGAUUAACUCUCAAAUAGUGAUUAACUCAUUUAUAGUCGCUUUGUGAGUCAAAUUCUGUUGUUGAUGAUCACGUCUUCAUUGACGUUACCGUUGUAUUUGCCAAAGUCAUUGUGCGUAUAAUUUCUAUUUUGCUAACUUUCAGUAGUUCUUGUUACGGUGGCAAACGUUUACACUUGGAUUAUUUUUCGUGCAUGUUACAGCAACAAAUCCCUUCGCGCGGAUUAUUUUCGCUCAGUUUUAAUUUUCAAACUGGAAGGCGCAUUCCUCUUCAAUUGACUACAAUUGUAUCAAACAACUGCAUAAUUAUAUUAGGGAUCGAAACCCGGUCGCAGAGGUUCGACGUACAUGACAACCACUAUGCUACCAACAUCCCUGCAUUGCUUCCAAAACCUUCCAAAAAAACAGAUUCAGCAUAAACAGUAGAAUCUCUGCGGUUACUGCUGAAACCCAGUAUCACAAAAUGUUUUUUAAGUAAUGUUGAAUUAUGUAAGAUAUUAGAGGACACAAGUAAAUGUUGUUGUUGUCGUUGUCGUUUCGUUGUCGUCGUCGUUGUUAUCCGUGAUCUCUCUAAGUCUAAUCAUGUUAUCAUGUCUUCAUCUUUCUCUUACCGUGUUUUAGAUCUAUGAUCCGAACAACAAGCGAUACGAAGUUCCUGUCGAAACACCAGAGGUGACAAAGAAAAGUUCCGAACAAGAUUAUCUCGUUAGCUUCACUCACUAUCCAUUUGGUUUUGCAAUCACAAGAAAGUCAACUGGCCGCGUUCUCUUCAAUUCCACAGCGGGAGCAAUGAUUUUUGAGGAUCAAUUUUUACAACUAUCUACUUUCCUACCCUCAACUAAUAUAUUCGGACUAGGUGAACAUGUUGACAGUUUUCGACUAAAUACCACUUGGCAAAAACUGGUGAUGUUUGCUCGUGAUGGCGGAACACCUUAUGGAGGAAUCAAUCUGUAUGGAGUUCAUCCAUUCUAUGUCAAUAUUGAACCUGAUGGAAAUGCCCAUGGAGUGUUCUUACUCAACAGUAAUGCUAUGGAGGUCAUCUUACAACCAACUCCAGCACUCACGUACCGUACUAUUGGUGGAAUCCUGGAUUUUUAUAUUUUUCUAGGUCCGGAACCGGAUUCUGUUGUCCAACAAUACACGGAAGUCAUCGGGCGUCCAUUCCUACCACCAUAUUGGUCUCUAGGAUUCCAUCUCUGUCGCUGGGGUUACGAAACAUCAAACCAAACUCAAAAGAUUGUGAACAAAAUGCGGCAAUAUGGGAUCCCGCAAGAUGUACAGUGGAAUGACAUUGAUUAUAUGGAUAAUCAUUUUGAUUUUACCUAUGAUUCGCAAAGAUUUGCCGGACUUCCAGAUCUUGUAAACGAUCUUCACGAACAUAAUCAGCACUAUAUUCCCAUCACAGAUCCUGGAAUUCCCAACAGUGAUCCCAGUUAUGCCCCAUAUACUGAAGGUCUUAAAGUUGGAGCUUUUGUGAUGCAGCCGGACAGCGAUGAACCCUUAGUUGGAAAAGUUUGGCCUGGAAAUACAGUCUUUCCUGACUUUUUCAACCCAAAAACUAUCCAGUAUUGGCAAGAGCAGUUACAGAACUUUCAUGGCAAAGUAAACAUUGAUGGUCUAUGGAUUGACAUGAACGAACCUUCAAAUUUCGUAGACGGGUCCACUUCAGGUUGCCCUAAAUCGACAUACGAAACUCCGCCAUAUGUACCAGGCGUCAUGGGAGGUCAUUUAACGGCCAAGACAAUAUGUAUGGGAGCGAGACACGCAAACGGUAUACACUAUAAUCUACACAGUUUGUACGGACAUUCUGAACUGAUUGCCACUGCUAAAGGUCUUCGUAAUGUUUUGAAUAAACGUACUUUGGUCAUCUCUCGUUCAACAUUUCCAAGCAGCGGGAAAUACGGAGGACAUUGGUUAGGAGAUAAUAAUAGUCAAUGGCCUGACAUGGGCUAUUCUAUACCAGGUAUACUCGAUUUUAAUCUGUUUGGUAUUCCAAUGGUUGGAGCGGACAUUUGUGGAUUUAAUGGAAACACUCAGAAGGAGCUGUGUACACGAUGGCUACAGCUUGGGGCGUUCUAUCCAUUUUCAAGGAAUCACAACACGAAAGGUGCGACUCCUCAAGAUCCGGCCUCGUUGGGAGACGAUGUUGCAGCUAUAGCACGUAAAACAUUCUUAAUUCGCUACAGUCUCUUACCUUAUCUGUAUACCUUGUUCUAUAAAGCUAAUGUUCAAGGAAGCACUGUCGCCCGUUCACUUGUGUUUGAAUUCCCAAAAGAACCAUAUACGUAUUCUAUUCAAUCUCAAUUCCUUUGGGGACCUGCACUAUUGAUCUCACCCGUUCUCGUGCAAUCCUCCACUCAAGUAAACGCAUACUUCCCUAACGAUUUGUGGUAUGAUUUCUAUACCGGCAAGGCUCUUUCAGCCCAUGGACACAUCACGUUAGACGCACCCAUUGAUAAAAUCAAUUUACAUAUUAGAGGUGGGUACAUUAUUCCAAUGCAGGAGCCAUCAACUACUACUGCAGAAAGUCGUAAGAAUCCUUACUCUCUCAAAGUUGCCUUGAGUUCAUCCGGUGAUGCAGUCGGUGAUCUUUACCUUGAUGAUGGUGAAAGCCUGAACACCAAGGAAACUCUCAUCGUGAAAUUUGCAGUGCAGUCAAAAACUCUCACCUCGUCACCUACCCUAGGUGGAUACACUCCAUCAGCUAAAGUCAGUAAUGUUACAAUCCUUGGUGUAAUGUCAAAACCAAGCCAAGUAUCUGUCAAUGGAAACCAAACUCCCUUUGACUACGAUUCCUCUUCAAUGGUUCUUCGUCUUGGAUCGUUAAGCUUGAGUCUUGUUGACAAGUUCCUCAUAAAAUGGCAAUGA